GUUGGGUGUACCACGUGACCAAGUGGAUCUCCCACCGCGCCGAAUCUCACGGCGUUUAUAAUACCCGUUCGGUGCCCUUCAAACGACACUGGCCCUGUGGUAGCUGUUGCGAGUUGAUCUAUUCGUUACCUCAUUACACAAAAGCGCAAAUAUGAGCAAAAUUGGAAUCAACGGAUUCGGCCGUAUUGGUCGCCUGGUUCUGAGGGCUUCCCUUGAGCGUGGAGCAGAGGUCGUCGCGGUCAAUGACCCCUUCAUUGGAUUGGACUACAUGGUCUACAUGUUCAAAUAUGAUUCUACACACGGCAAAUUCAAGGGAGAGGUCAAGGCUGAUGGUGGUUUCCUUGUUGUUAACGGAAAGAAGAUUGCCGUUUUCAGCGAACGUGACCCCAAAGCCAUUCCAUGGGGUAAAGCUGGUGCAGAAUACGUUGUUGAGUCCACUGGUGUCUUCACCACCAUCGACAAAGCCUCUGCCCAUUUAGAAGGUGGAGCCAAGAAAGUCAUCAUCUCCGCUCCAUCGGCUGACGCACCCAUGUUUGUUGUCGGUGUCAACCUUGAUGCUUAUGACCCAAGUUUCAAAGUUGUAUCUAAUGCUUCCUGCACCACCAACUGCUUGGCUCCUUUGGCUAAGGUCGUCCAUGACAACUUCGAAAUUGUUGAAGGUUUGAUGACCACUGUUCAUGCCACCACUGCUACCCAGAAGACUGUUGAUGGACCAUCUGGCAAGUUGUGGCGUGAUGGACGUGGUGCAGCACAGAACAUCAUUCCAGCUGCCACUGGUGCUGCUAAAGCUGUAGGCAAGGUCAUUCCUGCAUUGAAUGGCAAGCUGACAGGUAUGGCGUUCCGUGUUCCCGUUGCCAACGUGUCUGUUGUUGACUUGACUGUUCGUCUUGGUAAGCCUGCUUCUUAUGAUGCGAUCAAGGCUAAGGUAAAGGAGGCUGCUGCAGAAGGUGGUCCUCUUUAUGGAAUCCUUGGUUACACCGAAGACGAUGUUGUCUCAUCUGACUUCAUUGGUGACAACCACUCUAGCAUUUUUGAUGCUAAGGCUGGAAUUCCCCUGAAUGAUCAGUUUGUAAAACUCAUUUCCUGGUACGACAACGAGUUUGGAUACUCUAGCCGUGUCAUUGAUCUCAUCAAGUUCAUGCAGUCUAAGGAUUAAAUAUCCUAAAAUUUCAAAUGCCUGCAACCAGUAAACUUUACCCUCAAUGUACUCGCCGCAACUCGUCGUAUGAUUUAUUUAUAAUCAGAGAUACCAUUGCAGUUGGUCAAUUUAUAACAACUUUAGACGACAUUGCGAAAGCAUUACAUCGAGGCUCUGGGCGCCAGUACCAAGUCUCGUGAUACGGUAUCUGAUAUAAAAGUAGAUGUUAGCCCAUUGUUACAACUGCGGCCGUACAUGAUACGCAUACCACUGGUUUCAUGUGGGCACGUUAACGAGUCAGCAUCUCCAGUAACAAUUGGUUCCCAUGCUUUUCAUUAGCUUUAUGUUUCAUUGGCAAACAAUCUCAAGUAUAGUAUAGACAUUGUAAGUGUCGUUACAAUUUCAAAAAGUAUAAAUUAGCAAAUUCCGAGAAUUGCAGUAGGGGAUUUGUUGAAACUUAGUCUUAAUAUUAUUUUUCAAACCAAAUAUUAAUAAAAAUGUGAAAAUAGAAA